AUGAGUGGGUGGCAGUUGGAAUCUUCACUCACUUCCAUUCGCACUGCUUUUGACCACCUGAAUGCCGACCUACACGCGUUGGAACCGAAAGUGGCAGCCGCCAUUGACACAGCGUUUAGCCAUGCCCAUGCAGAAGCGGGUGUGUUGGAGAAGAAAGUGAUCGCACCGCCACCCCAACCUUGUCACGUUGAACGUUGGCGGCACAACGUUCCAAACGUAUCCAAAGAUACGUUGCUGCGUGGGGAAGGCACGUACUUUCACGCGUUGCUGGGGUCUGGACGAUGGAAACCCGACGGCGACCCUAACUUCUUGGACCUGGAUCCCCUUCUCUUUCGACGCGUGCUUAUAUUUCUGCGCACGGGAAAGCUCAUGUCGCUGGAUGGAUUGACUUCCGUCGAGAGGGACGAGUUUUCGGCGAUGCUGGAGUAUUUGAAGCUUGACGAAGGGGUCUCCGCGCAAAUGAUACCUUGGCAGUGUACCGUUGCCAUGGAGCCGCUAAUGGGAACAUUUCAAGUCCGCGUUGACACUGACAUCGGUGAAUGGCGUAUCGGCCUUGGCCCCAGGGAUAUCGACGUCACUUCCGGAUCCUCCAUGUCGAGAUGCUACCUGUACAAGUCAACGGGGGCCUUCAAUAGAAAAAACGACCAAGUCCUGGCUCUUCCAAGCUUGCAAGCAGGCGACGUGGUGACAAUUCGACGUGCGCUACGGCAUGUUGAGUUUGCUGUGAACGAUGGAUGCCCAUCUGUGGUGAAUCUUGUGGACCCAUCCGAGGAAUUGUUUCCAGUUGUGUUUAUGUAUAACAAAUCGAAGAUUACGAGCCUCGGCUAG